AUGUCAGUCAAUGUGACGAGGAAGCAAUCUAAUGCAUUUACGGGUGAACUAUAUGUGCUGAAUAGUGCAAUCACACUCGUCUCCAACAUUAUGGAUACGCCGACAACGAUGUGGGAAGAGAAUGAAAGCCUCACAUUGCUUUACAAAGCCAUACGGAAGUAUCUUCAGAUGGGAAGGAGGCUGGAAAUCGUGGAGGAACGGUUCAAUGUCAUGGACGAGGUUUGCUCGUACGUGAAAGAGGAUAUAAAUAACUACGUAGAAGUUAACCUUUAUUGGUGGGUCAUUAUACUACUGGCUGUAGAUGCCUUGGUGAUGGUGAUUGAGACUAACUUGGACUUCUUAGACUAG